AGCGCCUUUGUUUUGCUCCUGUCGUCUGAUUCUGUCAGUGGUGUCAUGCCUUGGAUUCGUCUGCAUGUACUCCAUACGUUUCAACGUGGUUGUGGCUAUGCCCUGCAUCGUGGGGGAGAUAGAAUCUGUUGACCCGACUGUUCACAGUGGAGUAAAGGGAUCCAUUUGGCGCCCCACAGAAUGUAUGGGGAAAACGUACCCAAAAUUAAUAGUGAGCAACGCAACUGACAGACCGAGACGUGUGCUUUCUGGUUCAUUUUACGCAUGGGACAAAAAAAUCCAAGGUGCAGUGACUGGGUCAUUUUUCUGGGGUUAUUGGAUCAGCCAGAUUCCUGGUGGAUGGUUAUCUGAGAGGCAAGCUACAGUUUUGUAUGGCGGUAAACGAUUUUUUGGAUGGGCAACAUUUGGCUGUGGCAUGGCAACCUUACUCAUACCAUCAGCUGCACACGUCAACUACUGGGCCUUGAUAGCAAUUCGGGUGUUACUGGGAUUGCUACAGGGAGUGACAUGGCCAGCAAUGUUCGUCAUUUGGUCGCGGUGGGCACCGCCACUGGAAAGAGAAAAGCUCAUGGCGCUUUGUGUAUCUGGUGCGACUUUUGGAAUUGUCUUGACUUAUCCUACUGUGGCUAUACUGUGUGAGCUUCAAGAAGGUGGCUGGGUGUAUGCGUUCUAUUUACCAGGCACUGUGACAAUAAUUUGGUGUUUGUUUUGGUAUUAUUACGUUUACGACACGCCCAAUAUACUGUCAUCACCUGCUGUAUGGGCGUAUAUGAUCGCGCAUAGUGCUUUCAACUUCCAGCUAUACGCCCUGAUGUCUUUUACGAUCGUUUACUUGCAGGACGUCCAUUACUUCUCGGAAAUGCAGGCGCCCAGACUUGUUGCCAUUCCUUACAUUGGAUUCUUCGCCUUCUGUAACAUCUCAGCAGCUGUCUACGAUGUUGUCGUUGCCAGGAAGAUCUGCUCUCGAACUGUUGCCAGGAAGACCAGCAACGCUAUAGGAUUCCUAGUGCCAGCUCUCUUGUUAAUCUUUGUGGGAUUCUUAAACUGCACGCACAGUACCCUAGCGGUGUUUAUCAUGGUGGCAGUUAACACAAUCUCUGGCGUUCAGUACGGAGCUGGAUUUUUGCUGAAUCUUCAAGAAAUAGCGCCACAGCACACGGGCGUUAUUUUUGGUAUUUCAAAUACGUUUGCAACUUUCUCUGGGCUGGUGUCGCUUUCUAUGACAAAGGAGUUGACAGCAAACAGACUUCGCGGCCGAUGGCAAAUUACAUUCCUCAUCGUUUCUGCUUUGUUUGUCUUGUCAUUCAUAAUUUUCACCUUUUUUGGAUCCGGGGAGCUCCAGAAGUGGGCACAGCCAACAGAAGGCAGAAAAGACAGUAUACCAGACUCAGGAACCACCGCCAGUACCAACGAGCAGAUUGCUAAAAUUAG